ACUCUUCUGUGUCGUCUCUCUACUUCUCUUCUCGUUGAUUUUACUUUCUAAGCUAGAUCCCUUUCCUUCUCUUCGAUUUGUGGAUCUUUGGGAAUUUCAUUUUUUUUUUUUUCGUUUAUAACGCUUCUUCGGGAUUGUCGUUUACUUUUCGUUUGUUAAAGAUCUGAAGGGAUCGAUCUGAUCUUCCAGGAAUCACACGAAAUCUAACCAGCUUGUUUUUCCAUUUAGCUUUGGAAACUGAGAUUUCUUGAGGUACAUCCAUGGCUGGCCAGACUGAUCCUCACAUCUCGCUUUUUUCUCCACAAGAGGUUGAGUUUAUGGCAGAGGACGAACUGGUGCAGAUUGUUCCGAAUAUGAACAUGGAGCCACUCAAUUUCAUCAGUGGGGAUUUUGGUCGGUUUGUUCCUCAGAUUCCGAUAGAAGUGCCUCUGUGGCUUGCAGUGGCACUGAAGAGGAGAGGAAAAUGCACUUUCCGGCCUCCCGGGUGGCUUUCUGUUGACAAUCUGACUCAGAUCCUGGAAGCAGAACGGGAAUCUCAGUCGACAUUUCAGGCAUUACCAUUUAGUUAUGUGGAGAUUGCUAGACUACUUUUUGACCAUGCACGUGACGAUAUUCCAGACAUGUAUAUGGUAAGAUCUCUAGUUGAGGACAUCAGAGAUGUGCGUCUUCACAAACUCGAGACUAACUUGGGAUCAUUUCAGGGUACAUCUGCAGUAAAGAUCUCUAAUGUAUCGGCAAUGGAAGUGAACCUAGUCCGCCCGUUUGUGAGAAGAGCCUUGGAAGCGUUUUAUAAGCAUGACAAGCCAGAGGCUGAUGCAGACAGAGACACUAGAAGUAGUAGACAACCACGUGAAGCUAACAAUGAACCAAGGAGACCUCUAAGGCAACGCUAAAGAGCUUCGGUGUCCUUGCCUGAGUGAGAACUGAGAAGGCAGGUAUCUUCUGUGCCAAUAUUUGUGGAGCUCCCUGAGAAGUGAGAAAACCAACAGCAUCUAUCUCUGUGUCUUAAUAUAUGCCUUGUUCUGUUACAUACUCUUUUGGUAUGAAGCAUCUUUUGCUCUUACGAAUGGUUCGCAUAUUCUGGUAUGGCUAAUU